ACUUUCCUGCCAGCACCACCACCCCAAGCUGUCAUACAUCCAUAAUGGCAUUCAAUGGAACCUGGCAGGUCUAUGCUCAAGAAAACUAUGAAGAGUUUCUGAAAGCUCUUGCACUGCCAGAUGACCUUAUCAAACUCGCCAGAGACAUUAAACCUGUUGUUGAAAUACAACAAAAAGGAGAGGAUUUUGUUGUGACAUCAAAGACACCCAAGCAAUCUGUAACUAAUUCAUUUACACUUGGAAAAGAGGCUGACAUUACUACCAUGGAUGGCAGAAAGCUAAAGUGCACUGUGAACAUGGUAAAUGGGAAGCUCGUGUGCAAAUCAGACAAAUUCCAUCAUGAGCAAGAAGUUAAAGGCAAUGAAAUGGUGGAGACAAUGACUUAUGGUGGAGUGACGCUUGUCAGAAGAAGCAAGAGGGUUUAAAGCCAGAUCACCUUCUUUGUGCCAUCUUUACAUACCUAAAGUGCUGUUUCCA